AUUGCCCUGGUGACAUGGAGCAGAUCUGGACCCAAGCCUAAUAAAGGUGGCAUAAAUAGAGGUGUCAUAAAGACAGGGCGGGGCGCAUGCUUAUAUGGGGCAUGAGCAUCUUAGGGUUGCCAGAAUGACUCCCGCUCAGUGCGCAGCACUCGCGUGUGUCAUGUUCUGGCUGCGUUUCUGGGGCCCAUGGCCCCUCCUCACAUGGCAACUAUUGUGUCUACUAGUCAAGGAGACUCAGCCUCUGGAGUGGGUCAAGGACCCGCUCCAGCUGACCUCUAACCCCCUGGGGCCGCCUGAGCCCCGGUCUUCCCGCUCCUCCCAUCUCCCAUGGGAAUCUCCCCAUGCGCCCACUCCCCCGGCAGACCUGGGGGACUUUGAUUACCUGGGGCCCUCUGCUUCCUCGCAGAUGUCAGCCCUGCCCCAGGAAUCGACUGAAAAUUUGGUUCCAUUCCUGGACACGGAUUCAGCUGAAGAGCUGCCCCUGGGGCCAGAGCAGUUCUCCGCUGCACACCAGGAUUUAAAUGACAAGCUGACUCCGGAAGAAAGGCUCCCAGAGGUGGUCCCACUGCUGGACGGGGAUCAGAAUCAGACCCUAGUUCAGCUUCCUCGUCUCAAAAGUAAGGUUCCAACUGCAGAUCUAGAUCGGGCUGCAGGUCAUCAGGCAGAUGAAAUACUUGUUCCGCUAGACAGUAAGAUUUCAAAACCAACCACAUUUAUUGUUUCGCCCAAGAACCUGAAGAAAGAUCUAGCUGAGCGUUGGAGCCUUGCUGAGAUUGUUGGAAUUCCACACCGAUUAUCCAAACCUCAGCGUGAGAAACAGACUUUGCAGGAUGAAUAUUCGAGUAUGGACACACUGUAUCCCGGCAGCCUGCCUCCAGAACUCCGGGUGAACUCAGAUGAGCCUCCAGGGCCCCCUGAGCGAGUUGGACUUUCUCAAUUCCAUCUAGAGCCGGAAACUCAAAAUCCAGAGACCCUUGAACACAUCCAAUCCUCUUUACUCCAGCAAGAAGCCCCAGGGCAGCUUCCACAGCUCCCUGAGGAGGAAGAACCUUCUUCCACCCAGCAGGAGGCCCCAGCUCUGCCUCCAGCAUCCUCUAUGGAGAGUCUAACUCUACCGAAUCGUGAGGUGACAGUUCAGCCUCCAGGUGAGGAUCAAGCUCAUUAUAACUUGCCUAGCAUUACAGUUAAACCUGCAGAUGUGGAGGUUCCCAUGACUCCAGAAGCUGAAAACGAGACAGAAUCUUCCGAAGUCCAGCAGGAGUCCCCAGGUCAGCCUCCAGAGGAGGUGGAACCUUCUGCAACCCAACAGGAGCCCCCAACUGAGCCUCCAGGUCCUCCUAUGGAGCUUGAACUUUCCCCUAGUGAGCAGGAGCAGCCAGCUCAGCCUUCGGAGUCUUCUGGGGAGGUUGAAUCUUCUCCAGCCCAGCAGGAGACCCCAGCUCAGCCUCCAGAAGAGAUGGAGCCAUCUGCAAUCCAAGAGGAGGCCCUAACUGAGCUUCCAGGUCCUCCUAUAGAGGCUGAACUUUCCCCCAGUGAGCAGGAGCAGCCAGCUCAGCCUUCUGAGUCUUCUGGGGAGGUGGAGUCUUCUCCAGCCCAGCAGGAGGCCCCAGCUCAGCCCUCAGAACAUCAUGAAGUCACAGUUUCACCUCCUGGACACCAUCAAACUCAGCAUUCAGAUUUUCCCAAUGUCUCUGUUAAGCCUCCAGACACGCAGCUCACCAUAGCAACAGAGCCUAGUGCAGAGGUGGGAACUUCUCCAGUCCUCCAGGAGGCUACAGCUCAGCUCUCAGGGCCAGGUAAUGAUGUAGAACCUCCCACCAUCCAGCACGGGGGCCCACCUCUGCCUCCAGAGUCACUGGAAGAGGCUGGACCUUCAGCAGUUCAACAGACUUCAGUUCAAUCUCCGGAACCUGUUAAUAAUGAGAACCCCUCUCCAACCCAGCAGGAGGCUGCAGCUGAGCAUCCACAGACCGCUGAGGAGGGUGAGUCUUCUCUAACCCAGCAGGAGGCCCCAGCUCAGACUCCAGAGCUCCCUAAUGUAGUUGUAGCUCAACCUCCAGAGCAUCAUGAGGUAGCAAUUUCCCCUCUAAGUCAUGAUCAAGUUCAGCUUCCAACAUUGCACCAUGUCACUGUUAAUCCUGUGGAUCACGUGGUUACCAUGACUCCAGAUUUCAUUAAUCAGGUUGCAAUGUUAACCCAACAGGGGGCCCCAGCUCAACCCGUAAUGUCCCCUGAGCAGUUUCAACAUUUGAAAGACCAGCAAGACAUUAUAACUCAGCAGCUAAAUAGACCUGAAAAUUAUGAACUUCCUCCAGUCCAUAAAGAGCCCACAACUCAGCCUCCAACUCAGCUCUCGUCAAACUUUGAAAGUUCACUGAAUGAUGAAGCAAUAGGUUCACCUCUAUAUAUGUCACAUCUAGAUGUAGAUAUGGGGCUUACCAGACCUACAGCAGUCACUAUGCGGGUACAACCUUCUCCAGUCCAGCAGGACAAUCCUCCUGUUCCCACUGAGCAGGCUGACUUUUCUCUAGCCCAGCCUGACCUCCCUUCCCCACUUCUGCAUCCUCCUGAAAAGACUGAAUCUCCAGUCCAGCAAGAGGCCACAGCUCAGAUUCCAGAUUCCCCUAAGGAGGCAGAACCUUCUCCAGUCCAGCAAGAGUUCCCAGCUGAGCCACCAAAGCCCCCUAAGGAGGUUGACCCAUCUGCAACCCAUCAGGAAGCCUCAGGUCCUCCUCUGAAGUCCACUGAAGAGAUCAGUCCUCCACUGCAGCAGGAGAUACCAGUUCAGCCAUCAGAGCCACCUGAGAUGGUCGAGCUAUCUCCAGUCCUACAGCAGGCCCCAACUCAACUUUUAGAGCGACCUAAAGAGGCAGAAUCCUCUCCAGUACAGCAGGAAGUCCCUGCUCAGUCUUCAGACCCCCCUAUGGUGAUAGAACCCUCUCUGACCCAGCAGAUGGCCCCGUCUUUAUCUCCAGAGUUCCCUCAGGAGGUGGAACCAUCUCUAACUCAGCAGGAGGUUCCAGCUCAGAUUCCAGAGCCCCCUGUGGAGGCAGAACCUUCUCUGACCCAGCAGGAGGCCACAGUUCAGGCUCCAGAGCCCCCUAAGGAGGUAGAACCUUCAAGACAGCAAAUGGUCCCAGUGCAGCUUCCAGAGCCGUCUAAGGAGGUUGCAGCUCAACCUCUAGCUCAUGAUGAGGUGACAGGCCCAACACCAGGUCAGGAUCAAGCUCAGCAUUCAACAUUGCCCAGUGUCACAGUUCAGUCUUUGGACCUGGGACUUACCAUUGUUCCAGAACCCACUAUGGAGGUUGAAUAUUCUACACCCCUGAAGAAGACUAUAGUUCCUGCAAAGCACCUUAAGGUGACACUUCCACAUCCAGACCAGGUUCAGACUCAGCAUUCACACCUGACUCAAGCCACAGUUCAACCUUUGGACCUAGGGUUUACCAUCACUCCAGAAUCCACGACAGAGGUUGAACUUUCUCCAACCGUGCAGGAGACCCCAACUCAGCCUCCUAAGAAAGUUGUACCCCAACUUCUAGUAUAUCAAGAGGUUACAAUUCCAACACCAGGUCAGGAUGAAGCUCAGCAUCCAAUGUCAUCCAGCGUCACAGUUCAACCUUUGGACCUGAGAUUUACCAUCACUCCACAACCCACUACGGAGGUUGGACAUUCUACACCCCUGAAGAAGACUCUAGUUCCUCCAAAGCACCCUAAGGUGACACUUCCACAUCCAGACCAGGUUCAGACUCAGCAUUCACACCUGACUCAAGCCACAGUUCAACCUUUGGACCUGGGGCUUACCAGCACUCCAGAGCCCAGUACGGAGGUUGAACCUUCUACAGCCCUGACAACUACAGCUCCUCCUCCAGAACACCCUGAGGUGACACUUCCACCUUCAGACAAGGGUCAGGCUCAGCAUUCAUACCUGACUCAAGCCACAGUUCAAUCUUUGGAUCUGGGGUUUAUCAUCACUCUGGAACCCACUAAAGAGGUUGAACUUUCUACAGCCCUGACGACUACAGCUUCUCCUCCAGAACACCCUGAGGUGACACUUCCACCUUCAGACAAGGGUCAGGCUCAGCAUUCACACCUGACUCAAGUCACAGUUCAACCUCUAGCCCUGGAGCUUACCAUAACUACAGAACCUACUACAGAGGUUAAACCAUCUCCAACCACAGAGGAGACCUCAACUCAGCCUCCAGACCCGGGGCUUGCCGUAACUCCAGAGCCCACUACAGAGACUGGACAUUCUACAGCCCUGGAGACGACUACAGCUCCUCGUCCAGACCAGGUUCAGACUCUGCAUCGAAAACUGACUGAAGUCAGAGAUCCACAUACUGAACUAGAACCUACUCAGGACUCACUGGUGCAGCCUGAAAGUCACGCCCAAAAUAAGGCUUUAACUGCAUCAGAGGAACAGAAGGCCUCCACAACCACCAACAUAUGUGAACUCUGUACCUGUGGAGAUAAGACGCUGUCGUGUAUUGAUCUCAGCCCAAAGCAGAGGCUCCGCCAAGUGCCUGUGCCAGAGCCCAACACCUACAAUGGCACCUUCACCAUCUUAAAUUUCCAAGGAAACUAUAUUUCAUACAUUGAUGGAAAUGUAUGGAAAGCAUACAGUUGGACCGAGAAACUAAUUCUGAAUGAAAAUUAUUUGACUGAAUUACAUAAAGAUUCAUUUGAAGACCUGCUAUCCCUCCAGUAUUUAGAUUUAUCCUGCAAUAAAAUACAGUCUAUUGAAAGACGUACAUUUGAACCACUACCAUUUUUGCAGUUUAUAAAUCUUGGUUGCAAUUUACUCACAGAACUGAGCUUUGGAACAUUUCAGGCCUGGCACGGAAUGCAGUUUUUACACAAGUUAAUUCUCAAUCGCAAUCCUCUGACAGCUGUUGAAGAUCCAUAUCUCUUUGAACUGCCGGCAUUAAAAUAUUUAGACAUGGGAACAACGCAAGUUCCACUUGCAACACUUAAGAACAUUCUCACGAUGACUGUUGAAUUGGAAAAACUGAUCUUACCUAGCCGUAUGGCCUGCUGCCUCUGCCAAUUUAAAAACAGCAUUGAGGCUGUGUGCAAGACAGUCAAGCUGCAUUGCAACAGUGCAUGUCUGACAAACACCAUACAUUGUCCUGAAGAACUGUCUGUAGGGAAUCCAGAAGGAGCGUUCAUGAAGGUGUUACAAGCCCGGAAGAAGCACACGAGCACUGAGCUGACUAUUGAGCCGGAGGUGCCCUCAGACAGGAGUGGCAUCAACUUCUCUGGCUUUGGGAGUGAGCAGCUAGACACCAAUGACGAGAAUGAAGUUAUCAGUGCACUAAGUUACAUCUUGCCGUAUUUCUCAGCAGGAAAUCUAGAUGCGGAAUCAAUAUUGUUACCGUUCACUAAACUGCUUUUUGCAAAUGUGCAAGAUCGCGAUAGGCCCCUGAGUAUUUUGAAAAACAAUACAAACAGCCCUUCUCUUCAACCUGCAUCCAACAACUCAACUUAUGAAAAUAAAUUGAGAAAGCUAUAUUUGCUAGAAAAGAUACUAGAUGCGGAAAAACAAGAAAAAAUCAAUGAAGUUAAAAGGGACGAAAAAACUGCCAUGCUUAUGCAGUCCAGCCUUCUAGGUAACAAAUUUAAACGCCAAUUAUUUGAAAAGAAAUUAGAAACUGUCCAACCACAGGAAAACAGCCUGGCAAAGAUUCAAAGUGUAGGCAACAACCUGCAGAGAGUGAACAGAGUCCUCACGGGCCCAAGGAGCAUCCAGAAAAGGCACUUCAAAGAGGUGGGAAAGCAGAGCACCAGGAGGGAAGAGGGUGCGCAGGCAUUUGUGGAGAGCGCUGCCCAAGAAAAAAGGCUCGGGAGCCCGGUCUCAAGGGAGCUGGAACAGCCUCAUAUAGAGCAGGGGCGUGAGAAGUUAGUGGGAAACACCGUCUACACCAAGCCUUCAUUCACCCAAGAGCGUAACGCAGCAGUGUCUUCUGUGCUGAAACCCUUCUCCAUGGGCGAGCCUUCUGCCUCCACCCCUGCAAAAGCCCUACCUGAGGUCAAAGACAGAUCGAAAGACUUAACCCACGCCAUUUUCAUUUUAGAAAACGCAAAGGCUAGAGUUAAAACAAUGAAAGCUGCUAAACCUUCCAGAAAAAAAUACCGCUUUCAUAAAAGUGGCUCCCGUGUGGCCCACAGAACACCCAAGGCCAAAAAGAUUAGGAAGUUGAGAAAGGAAGGUUAUCUCGAUAGACUGAUGCUCGCAAACAGGCCGCUGUUGUCUGCAGCGAAGAGCCUCAUAAAUUCACAAGGGGCUUUUUCAUCCUUAGGAGACCUGAGUCUUCAACAAAACCCUUUUCUGGAAGUAUUUGCUCCUUCAGAACGUUUUAUAGAAAACACUAAUGUAAAAGACACAGCUGCAAGAAAUGCCUUUGAAGAAAACGUUUUUAUGGAAAGCACUACUAUGCCAGAAGGUACCAUCUCUGAAAACACAACCUACAAUCCUCCUCCUGAGGCAGAUUCCGCUGGGACUGCGUUCAACUUAGGGCCAACUGGUAAACAAACUGAGACAAAAUGGGAAUACAACAACGUGGGCACUGACCUGUCCCCCGAGCCCAAAAGCUUCAAUUACCCGUUGCUCUCAUCCCCAGGUGAUCAGUUUGAAAUUCAGCUAACCGAGCAGCUACGGUCCCUCAUCCCCAGCGAGGAUGUGAGAAGGUUCAUUUCUCAUGUUAUCUGGACCUUGAAGACGGACUGCUCUGACACCCGUGUGCAACUGACCUGUGCCAAGCUCAUCUCCAGGACAGGCCUCCUGAUGAAGCUUCUCAGUGAGCAGCAGGAAGUAAAGGCGUCCAAGGCAGAAUGGGAUACGGAACAGUGGAAAACUGAGAACUAUAUUAAUGAGAGCAUGGAAGCCCAGAGUGAACAGAAAGAGCAGAGGUUGAGUGAGCUCACAAAAGAAGUUCCAGGAUAUGGCUAUAACAACAAACUCAUCUUGGCAAUAUGUGUGACUGUAACACUGAUUAUUUUGAUUACAAUUUUCUGCCUCAUUGAGAUUCAUUCGAAGAAGAGAAGGGCAUCAAAGGAAGAUAACUUGAGCCCAAGCUAAGUCGUCUGGAUGGCCUGGAGCCAUGUUUGAAAAAUUUUAUUACUGUAGAUAAACCACUUUAGAUUGAUGUUGACACCUAAUGACCAACAUCGGGAAUUGCCACAUAACAGAGGACAACGCAACAAGACCAGCUAUAUUUCUUACAAACGCAGACUAGUGUGAGCACAUGGCAUGAUCCAAGAGUGCCCAGGCUCCAAUCGGAGGGGCAGGUGGACAGGCCGCCCAAGCAGCCCGCGGCUCCCGCUGCGGAGCCCUGCCACCGCCGCCACGGCCCACGUCUGGACCCAUCGAGGGUCUUCGCCCGCGGCACCGCGGUAGCCUCCGGGGCAGAUGGGCCGCAGGCCAGGCUGAGAUGGACCCCAAGACGCGGCUGAGCUCGCCCAGCAGGGGCAGCAGUAGCCGGAGGAAGCCGCCGCCGCCGGUCCCCCGCCCCCACGACUCUCCCAUCCCUCCGCGGCAGCACCAGCGCCCCCGGGCGGCGGCCGGGGAGGGACGGGGGGCGAGGAGGCGGGGGCGGCCACCUGGCCGGGACCAUCGUGGCCCUGAGGGCCGUCACCAAGGUGGUGCACAAUGACCACGACAGCGAGAAGGAGGAAGAGGACGGCCACACCGAGGAGACCCACGAGUCUGAGGACAAUGAGGAGGAUGAGAUGGAGGAAGACGAUGAUGACUCCGAUUACUCGGAGGAGCUGGAAGACGACGACGACGACGACGACGCCAGUUACUAUAUGGAAAGCAGCUUCAGGAGCCAUAGUACCCACAGCAGCACUCCAGCGUCUCCUCUCAGGCUGGAGUUUGGUGGCGUGAUUCCAACUCACCUCCUGGGUCAAAUGAUUCUCCUGCUUCAGCCUCCAGAGUAACUGGGAUUACAGGGUGAUGACAACUCCGUGAGGUGGAGAUUAUACGUCUCUCAUCCUUUCAGCAACAAGGAAAUAAAUUAGUGGCAGAGUAAGGGUGACUUGGGUUUCAGUAUGUUGGCCAAGCUGUUCUCAAACUCCUGACCUCAAGUGAUCCACCCACCUUGGCCUACCAAAGUGCUGGGAUUACAGGCGCGAGCUACCACCCCUGGUCUACAGUUCAUCUUGUGCACUAAUCUAUUUCACCCUCUACAUGAGCAAAGUGGGAGAUCACCGUCAUGGCCGAAGUUACAUGACCAGGACGAGCUAUGGCCUGGGAGUCCCAGGUUCUCCUGUGUGGGCACUUUCCUGGAAUACACUAAAUGAUGGGAAAUCUGGGUCUCAUGUUUCUGUGUGGUCCUCACCUCACUCAACUUCUGCUCUUUCUGUUCACUCUGGGCUUCCAUGCUCUCAUUAAUAUAGUUCUCAGUUUUCCACUGUUCCGUAUCCCAUUCUGCCUUGGACGCCUUUACUUCCUGCUGCUCACGGAGAAGCUUCAUCAGGAGGCCUGUCCUGGAGAUGAGCUUGGCACAGAUGCUUCUUCAGCUGUGAAAAAAGAAGAGACUGUUUUGAUCAUGAAAGAUGAUGGGACGGCAUGCAUCAGUCCACAGCUGUACGCCCCAGUCACACAGAGUAGGAGUCAGCAAACAUUCGAGUGCCAUUCAGAGAGGAGAAACACACACCCAAUCCUAAACCUACGAAACGGCAACAACAAAAGGAGAAAAGACAUCUUUUGAAAACAUGGCCACCUACUUGGAACAUUCCAUAGUGUGACAUAGAGUAACUCUGCUUAGGAUUAUUCCGUUGAUCCCCAGGGGCCAGUUGCCCAGUGCUCAGUCAAAGCCCAAGGUGGAAGACAAGUGCUUCCCUGAUGAGCUGGCCUCUCUGCAGACUGCUCCGUACCCUGUGCUGUCCUGCCUCACAUGCAGAGAGAGUACAAGGCUCCCUUUCUCCUUGUCCUCAGUGUACCCAUGUUCUUGCUACCAUCACAGCUGAAUGCAAUGGAAGGCGGUCCUCUGAAAGGAGCAGGGUGGAGAUGCUAACGUGGAGAGCCCCUCCCAUUGCUGAUAGAUCCUCAUCUGGCACACGCUCCACCCACCCACCCCAUUCUCUGCUCCCACAUGCCGUAGCCCCAUCACAGAAGACAUGACGUGGAAAAAACACCGUGUCCACCUUAAUUCUUUUCUUAAAUUUGGACAGGGAUCCAGGGUGUAGGUUAAGGGAUUUUUAAUUUGCCAGAUUGUAUGCUAUGCUUAUGUUGUUGAAUGUAGAAUGAAUCUAUGGUAUGACAGCAGUUUCUGGAUAAACAUUACUUGAGGACCUAAAAUGCAGAAGGGAAAAAGCAACUUUUAUCAGUUGCCUACUUUGCUUUCAUUUUAUCUCUAAUAUUCUGGAUGGGGAACCAUCCAAAGCUUCUGACUGCAUGAAGGUCAAGUGUGCCCGUGUGCAGCUGGCUUUCUUUUCCAGAAUUAAAAGUAUUUUAGGUGGUGCUGAGGGUCAGAGGAAGAAGUAAAGAUUGUAAGAAAGGAGAAACAUGGGCUUGGGGAGAACCCAGGAUUGGGACAGAAGACCUGGCACAAGGUACAGCACUUAGCACCUCUGAUCUUGUUUUUCCUCAUCUGUAAAAGGAGAUUACCAAUGCUUUUCUGCCCACCUCUUGGGGAGAAGGGAAGAAUAUAAUUGGUUAAAAAAAAAAAAAAGUUUUGAAAAAUAAGCAACACUGUCUUUAUAUAAGUAGCCAAGCAUUAUUAAUUAUCCACCCCAUAUCACUCAUAGAUACCUGUAUUCAAGCUAUCUGGACAUGAAAGCAGUCACAUUUUAGAAAUCAUGAAGUUGGUGCUAAUAAACCUAAUCUACAGAAACACUCCUGAAAGCACUUGUGCCUUUGUUCUGUGAAUGGAAAGGUUUGAAUUCAGAGCAAGUUCAGCGUUGGAUGGUCUAAGCUUGGAAAAGCCCUCCAUUCCAUUAGAAGAGCCAGGCAGCAAUUUCUGGUUAUGGAACCAGAAACUCUCAGGCUUCAAAUAAAACAGCAUCACUUGUACACUUAUAAACCUGUAAAAACAAAAAAAUCAAAACCAGAUCUACAUCUGUCCUGUAAGGCAGAGAGUACUUGAGACCCCAUGGAUAUAAAACCAGUUUACAAACUACAUGGCACUAUAUGAAUAAUUGUCACUGGAGGCAAAGCACCAAGCAGAGAGCACAGUACACAGUGUGUGGAUGUUAAUGUUAUUCCCUAGUCUUCCCAUUCCUUUGUCUUGGUCCUUUGUGCAUAUGGAACCGUUCUAUUAUUACAUUUUCUAAUAAUAACUGAGAACCUGACUCUCAGCAAGGGAAUAGUUCAGAAAUUGAGGGAGUUUAACUCUGAAUGAGUAAAUAAAAUAAAGCAAUUAUAUCA